AAUUCAUCUCGGUCCCUUGACCCUACUCGACUGCAUGUCAUGGAAGACGCUCAAGGGUUCAUGCCUUACGUUCAUACAACAUGAGGCAGCACCAAUGCCCAUAAUGCAGUUAGCUGUCCGGUUGCAGCCUUUGUGGUGGAUCCUUGCUAACAGUAGUGCAACUUCGCCGACCCUCUUCGUGAGGAAAUACAUUUGAGAAAAUUCCAGCAAUGCGCGUCAACACUUGAUGCCGACUUCUACCAAAGACACGAGCAGAAUACGAGGACGACACUCCUGUUCGACCGCAACGCACGCCUGGGGCUGCAUCAAUUCAUGUGAUGCUUAGCUGUCACAGAUCGAAUGGCGUCGAAUGCAUCGUCAAGCGGAAGGUCACCAUCGACUGUCACAAACGUCGUGCUGCCCUAUCGGAUGCAUGUCUCCCAGAAGUACCUCGACUUGACCCGACGAAAGCUGGAACUCACACGGUUGCCGCGGGAGCAACGCAGUCGUCAGCCUACGAGAUGGAGUUUCGGUGUCGCCAAAUCUGAUUUGGAGCCACUUGUGGAUCACUGGGUGGAAAGGUAUAACUGGAGAGCUCAGGAAGCACAUUACAAUGAUACGCUUCCACAGUAUCGUAUGGUCGUGCAGGGCACUCGGCUGCACUACGUACACAAGCGUUCAACGUCUCCGAACGCUAUACCCCUCAUCUUUGUACACGGCGGGCUGCCUGAAAGCUUCAUUGGCAUAUACCAUAUGAUUGAUAGCCUCACAGACCCCGUCAAAACACCACCCCGGGGAAACGAGAACACACCUUCUUUCCACGUUAUCGCACCAAGCAUCCCAGGCUUCGGAUUUAGCGAUGUGGUUGCUGAAGAAGGAAACAAUGUCUCGUCUACCGCAGAGCUGUUCGAUGCCUUGAUGAAAUCGCUGGGCUAUUCAACAUAUAUCGCGACUGGGAGCGGAUGGGGGUUCAAUAUCUGUCGUUUGCUGGCACUGGUGCACAGCGAGAGCUGCAUCGCGGUUCAUACUUCGAACCCUGAUCUACCGGAUCCCAGAACGAGCUACGGCUAUUCGCACCAGCCCACGUCGAUGCCAGCUUCGCCUUCCCAAUCGCCUCAUGGCAUCACACCUCCACUGACACCUGGAUCACCUUCGAUCAUACCAGACCGUCCACAGACCGUCGCAUACGCGUUGUGUGACUCGCCCACGGGGUUGCUAGCGUAUACCAUGGAUGCCAUCCAACCCACGUCCUCCGACGCCUCCACCUCACCAUUCAUCAAUAUCCCAGGCUUACAAAAUGCAUGGACACCUACGGCACUGAUUGAUUGGUGUAUGCUGUACUGGUUACCCGGCCCAGAGGUAGCCCUCAGGUGGCUCAUGAGCUCUGCACCAGUGGUGCCCAAACUCUGGCGCUCUUAUACCCAGGUCCCUUUGGCAAUCUCGCACUUUGGGAGUCAUGAGCAACCGCAUUCCAGCGCACGAUGGGCAGAAUCAUAUCAUCGGGUACUCCUCUUUCGCAGCCGCUCUGGUAGCGUGCGAUUCCCUGCCUGGGAGCGACCGGCGGAAAUGGUGGCCGAUAUUCAAGAGCUGGCUGUGCUCUUGGGACCAAUGCUGUAUGGUGGGUUUGCGUCUUCUGCGCCUGGUAGCAUGGGCCCACCACCAACUGUACCAUCAUCAUCUAAUACUGGAAAUCCUCCUGGUAGAGGACAUUGAGAGUUGAACAGAGCAGGCAUCUGUUCUUCGUAUGUACAAAUGUAAUCGACAAAGUACACAUCAAGAACAUUUUGGUUGUUUCUCCAUGAGCUGCUCAAUGGUCUGCGUGAUUAUCCUGAGAGGCAUAUGCUAUGCAAGGGUGGCGAUAGCCCCAUAGAUGAAGGCAUUCGGUCUUUGAUACGCAGAUGUUCUUCAGUCCAAGACAGAUUUGAGCAGUAGGUGGCAAACGCUUCGUGAGCUUGGGUAUAAGGCACUCAACCAAACGAGCAGCAUUCGGGACUGAG